UCGUGUUUUAGUGAUUUUUAUUUCUAUUUUAUUUCUUGUAGGUAAUCUCUUGUCUUGCUCUUGAAACCUGUAAUAAAAAAUUGCUUCUGAACCUAUAUUUUAUCAACUACAAUUAUAACUAAUGAAACUGAACAAGAUAAUAUAGAUAACAUCUACAAACUGUUUCCUAAUUUCACAACAAUUUUACGAUGGGUGGAAAAUCGAAAAAAGACAGAACUAAAAAUAAUGCACGGCCAUCUAGCAGUGGGCGGAGUGCAGAACUCCUCAUUAGCUCCACAAAGGAUUCAGCAAUAUUUGGAAUAACUGGCAAUCCGUUGACACCCAUCUUUCCUACACUGGCUGCUGUUAAUAUUGAGCAUGGCCUUAACACAGAAUAUGCUUUAUGUUUCAAAAAAUUCAAUAAAAAAGACCCCAUAACUAAAACUAAGGCGCUGCAGGAGCUGCUGGAGCUGACCAGGCAAAGGGGCACGGAGGAAGCGGUGGCCGCUCUGCCCGCCUGGGCUCACUUUUAUCCUAUACUAAGUGUGGAUGUGGAUCGUAAAGUUCGAGAGUAUACACAGGUGUGUCAGGCUGCGCUCGCGGCGCGCGCCGGCCGCCAGCUGGCGCCACACCUGCGCCGUCUGCUGCCUGCCUGGCUGCUCGCCGCCUGCGACGACCACGGCCCCGCCAGGCACCACGCCCACGCCGCGCUCAUGAAUACGUUUCCGGAGGAGAAGUUGGGGGAGGCGAUGUCGUUCUGCAGAGAGGAGAUCAUCUGCGUGCUGCGAGACAACAUCGGCAGCGGCGGCGAGACCCGCCUGCUUCUCAAGACGGAGGAGGAGGAGGAGAGGAAGGCGCAUGGGAGGUUUAUAGUGACGAGCAGCCUGGGCGCGCUGGCGCUGCUGGGCGCCGCGCUGCCGCCCGCGCGCUCCGACUGGCUGUGGGAGGCGCUGCAGCCGCUGCUGCGUGCGCGCGUCUUCUGGGCCCUCGCCCACUCCGGCGACCACCGCGUGCGCGCGGCGUGGUACGGGCUCGUGGGCAGUGUGUGGGCGCGGUUCGGGGCGCGCGUGGACGUCGACUGCAGUCGACGGGCGUGGCGCGCGAUGCUAACGCCACCGCCCACGGACUGGCGCGUGUGGGCGGACGACAAGGACGUCACACUCCUCGUCAAAAGGAUGCACGAACUUCUCCAAAAUGGCGGGUGGGGCGAGGCGGCGCGGCUGAGCGAGCUGCUGCGCGCGCUGCUGCCCGCGCUGCUGCCCGCGCUGCUGCCCGCGCUGCUGCCCGCGCUGCCGGCCGACACGCGCUCCGCACGCUUCUACACCGACCUCUUCAACUCCAUGUUCAUCGGAUUAGAAAAGAAAAGUAUAAUGAGUUCGAAGAGCGAGCGACGAGCGUGGAUCCGGACGCUGGCCGACCUCCUCCGGCACGUGUCCGAGCACGAGCCGGAGGUGGCGGAGGAGGUGGUGCCUCGCGCGCACCGCGCGUGGCUGGCGCGCGUGCUGGCCGCGCCCGACCGCCUCGCGCGCGCCGCCCUCCUGCGCACCUCGGCCGCAGACUUCGCCGCGCUCACCGCCUUCUGGCUCCGGCGCGGAGACGACGCGAGCGACCGCCUGCUGGUCGCCUGCUGGCGGAACGUCGGCGAGGCCCUGGCCGCGCAGGUCCUCGCCCUGGCCGCGGCCGGCGCCGACCCCGCCGACCUCGAGAGGGUGGCCGACGACCAAGUCCUGUUCCUGAGGUGCCUCAAGACGGCGUUCGGUCAGGACGAGAAAAAGAAGCACGGCAUCAAAUUCGCCGGCGACGCGGAUAUCGAGCCGAAGGGGGAAGAGGCCCCCGCUCCCGGGUGCGACGCGGCCGCCGCCGAGAGGUACCGCCGCCACCUGGAGGAGACGGUGGAGCGGACCUGCGCGCUGUUCCUGCGCCCGGCGGCGGGGGGUCUCCUGCGACCGCUGCACGCGCUGCUGGCGGAGUUCGAGAGCGGACCGCUGCUGGGGGCGCUGGCCGCCCGCCUCGGCGCGACCUCCGUGCACCUCCUGUACCAGAGGGUGCUGCGCGACCGGCUGACGGACGACCCCGAGCUCGGCCGGCCGCUCCUCGACAUAGUGUUUCUACUGUUGAAACACCUCAGCGACGAGGAGCAGGACGAGGUGUUCGAGUCCUUCGACCGGCUGUCGCCGGACGCGAUGGAGUGGUGCCUGUAUCUGAGCGUGUCGCACCCGCACUGCGCAGCGCCCGCCGCCCGGCGCUGGCUGCGCAGCGCCCGCGUGCAGCGCGCGCUCCUCGCGCUGGCGACGCGCGCGCUCCGCCUGCACGCGCCCGACGCCGCCGCCGCACAGCUGCUGCUGCAGUGCGUCGGUCACGACCCUCAGGGAGAAAGUAUAACUAGCGACGAAACAAUAGGACUGAUUGUGGAACAAGUUUGCGAGGCCGUGUCGCUGGUGGUGGGGGAGGGGGAGGAGGGGCCGGAGCAGGAGGCGGCGGAGCGGCGCGUGCGCACCGCCGCGCAGCUGUGCGGCGCUCUGGCCGCCGCCCGCAACGCGCACUGCGCGCAGCUGGCGCAGGCGCUCUUCGCGCUGCAGCUGCACGUGCCCCUUGGCGACGUGCGGCUGUCGCGGGACACGUGGGCGGAGGCGCGCUGCGCGUGGCAGGACGCGCUGGGGGCGCAGGGGGCGCAGGGGGCGGGCGCCGGCGAGCGCGUGCGGGCGCGCCUGGUGGGUGUGCUGCACGCUCACCUGGACCGGCGACUAGAAAAUGUAGAUGUAAACGAGAUCGAGAACAUCGCAAACAUGGCGGCCGACCUGCUCGUCCCGGACGACGAGUCGAGCGCACCCGCCGCGACCGCCGCGACCCCUGAGCCCACCGUGACCGCCGCGACUCCUGAGCCCACCGCGACCGCCGAGCCCACCGUGACCGCCGAGCCCACCGUGACCGCCGAGCCCACCGUGACCGCCGCGACCCCUGAGCCCACCGCGACCGCCGAGCCCGCCGUGGUAGUUCUCGCGCGGCUCCUGUUCGCGCCGUGCGAGGCGCCGCCGGACAACUCCCUGGAGUACUGCGCGUUGAAGAUCGACUGCAUCCUGGGCAACAUCAACUGCCCAUUCGACGACGACAGCGCCCUCGUUAAGAAGUUGAUCGCGGAGUCGAGCUCGCGGCGCGCCGAGCCGCUGCAGGCGGGCGAGGUGCGGCUGCGCGCGCGUCGUGCUCUGCUGCGCGCGCUGUGUCUGCGGGCGCUGCUGCGGGCACUGCGGGCGCGCGCGGCGCCGGGGCACGUGCUGCUGCAGGGACGCUUGUUGCUGGAGCAGCUGCUGGCGGCGCUGCACGACCUCGCGCUCCUCACUGCGCUCGAGGACGGCUACGUCUUUUGGUCCGGCCACGAGGUGAUCGAGGAAACUAAACAACGUCUCGAGCAAGUCGUCGACGACAUAUUAGCGGAGAGUUCGAGUGAAACGACGCAGCAGUUGAUGUCGGCGCUGUCGGAGCGGGCGGCGCGCCGCGGCUACUACUGGGCGUAUGCGCGGCGCCGCUGCGAGCUCGCGCUGCGUCCGCCCGCCCCCGCCCCCGCCCCCGGCUGGCUCAACCCCGCCCACCACCACAUCGACCUCGACGACUUCACGCAAAUCGUCACGGGCGGGGGAUUUUUCCACACCUUGCAGGUUUUUCAAUUAUAUUUCAUUCUCAUAAACCACCUAAAAUGUCGCCUUGUGGGGAAAUGUGCAAGUGUUGGUAAACUGAUGAAUACGAUACAGGCGGACUCGAGACGCGCCUGGGACGGGGCGGAGGAUGAGGUGGAGGGGGUGGGGGAGGAGCGGCUGCGCGCGCUGUACCUGGUGGCGGUGCGCAGCGCGCUGGCGGCGCUGGGCGAGGCGGGCGCGGCCGAGCAGUUCGCGGAGCGCGCCGCCGCCGCCCUGCACGACUGCUCGCUGGACCCGCUGCUCGAGCUGCACUGCACGCACCCCGACAUACUGCUCACCGACAGAGAGAUAAGUUCGGCGGGGUGGUCGUGCGCGGUGAGCAGCGCGGCGGCGGCGGACCUGCUGGAGGCGGCGGUGCGCGCGCGCGGCUGGCACCUGCCCGCGCACCACUGGGACUUCGUGACGCUCACGCUGGCCGGCCUGCUGGAGUCGCUGCACCUCAGCGCCGCCGCCUGGGGCUGCACCAAGGUGGCGCUGGUGUGCGUGUCGGCGCUGCGCCUGUUCAGGACGGUGCAGCAGUUCGCGGCGCGCGUGCGGUCAGAGAGCGAGCGGCGGCGGCCGGGGGCGCACGUGCUGGCGCUGGCGGGCGAGUGGGCGGACGUGUUCGCGCCCGCACUCAACGCGCACCUCUUCCGCCUCAUACUGCACGUCCUCCGCGAGGCGGGGGAGGAGGUGGACGUGGCGCAGACGAGCGUGCUGUGCGCGCUGCGGCGCGUGUCGGGGGCGCUGCAGUGGGGGGCGCUGGGGGCGGAGUCGCGCGCGGGCCCGCUGAGCGCGGCGGCGGUGUCGCGGGCGGCGGAGCGGGCGCUGGCGGCGGCGGCACACCCCGCAUAUCUGCUGCUCGCCUACAACCUGCUGCGGGUGCUCGCGGAGCCGCUCGUCUUAACUGACGCCGCGCUGCUGGCGGAGUGGAGCGCGGCGGGGGAGGGCGCGGCGGAGGGUGCGGGUGAGGGCGCGGGGGAGGAGGAGUCGGGGGAGGGCGCGGGGGGGCGCACGCGGCCGGCGCUGGCGGGCACGCAGUACGAGGCGGCGCUGCGCCGGCUGGAGGAGCAGCUGGUCCCCGCACUCGCUGGACGCAGCUUGUUGUGCUGCAGCGAGGGUCCGAGGCCGCACUCGGGCGAGGGUCGCGUUGUCGUGGCCUUCCUGCUGCUGCACAGCGCCGUGCACCAGCUCACCCGACUGGCGAGACAGGACCUCGCCGUACAUUACGUCGACGCCUUCAGGGAGGGCAAGUUCGCGGAGCGGCUGAUGGCGGCCAGCUUGCGGCUGGUGCCGGGCCCGCUGGCCGCGCUGGCGCACGACGCCGCGCCGCCGGGACCCGCCGCGCUCGCCGUCCUCGCCCGCCACAACCACAUGUUCCUCCACACGCCCGACCCCACUCUCAGAGGUGACCACCGUUCCCACUUGUAA